GAAAAAUAAUGCGGAAACAAAACAAUCCUCUCGUGCUCUAGCAGGUGUGCUCGUCGGUCCACACGACGGAAGCUGUCAGAGACGGACUCUGAGCUCCCCCACCCAACAGUUGGAUUCGAAAUUUGUCUGUUUUUAGUCUUGUGCUUUUAUCGGGACAAACCACAGGAGAACGUCAUGGAAGCUAAGUUAAAGAAAGAGCUGGGGACAACCAUGCUGAAGGCAACUGGCCACGCAGGCGGUGGAUGCAUCAGUGAGGGCCAGAGUUACGAUACUGAUCAUGGGAGAGUGUUUGUAAAGAUCAAUCAUAAAACAGAGGCCAAGUUGAUGUUUGAUGGGGAGAUGUCAAGCCUGGAAACCAUUUUAAAGACAGAAACUGUCAAAGUCCCAAAGCCGAUGAAGGUGAUUGAGCUUGACACAGGAGGCUGCGUGUUUGUGAUGGAGCACCUGGACAUGAAAAGCCUCAACAAGUACUCAAAACAGCUUGGAGAGCAGCUGGCAGAUCUGCACCUUCACAACAAAAGACAGAUGGACAAACAAAACAAAGAGCAGCAAACUGUGGGUAAAGGAGCAGGACAGACUGAGGUGGCUCCUGUUGAGAAAUUUGGUUUUGGUUUAAAUACAUGCUGUGGAUAUAUAGCACAGCAAAAUGAGUGGCAGAGCGACUGGGUGCUGUUUUAUUCCCAGCAGAGGCUGCAGUACCAACUGAACUUGGUGGAGAAAUCGUAUGGGGAUCGGGAGGCCCGUGAGCUGUGGGCUAAACUACAGCUGAAGAUCCCUGAGUUUUUCACCAGUGUGGAGAUUGUCCCUUCCCUUCUCCAUGGAGACUUAUGGGGAGGCAACGUGGCAGAAUGCGCAGAUGGCCCAGUCAUCUUUGACCCAGCUUCCUUCUAUGGCCAUUCGGAGUAUGAACUGGCUAUUGCGGGGAUGUUUGGUGGCUUCAACAGCUCUUUUUACUCUGUUUAUCACGAUAAGAUUCCUCAAGCACCAGGCUUUUCACAAAGAAGCCAGCUUUACCAACUCUUCCAUUACCUGAAUCACUGGAACCACUUUGGUGGUGGCUACAGAGGCUCUUCGAUAAGGAUAAUGAAGAAUUUGCUCAAAUAGAAGCCUGCACAGAUACUUAUUAAAAAGCUUUAAAGUUGUAAUCCUACACUAGGUAAUAUAACUGGUAAAUAGUUAAAGAUACUAAAAAUGACCAUUACAGAACUGAUAAAGUAUCUAUUUGCCUAUUGGAAUUUCUCUGAAAUUGUCUUGAAAAU